AUGGAGCACGUCUACACGGGUCAGAGCCUCUUCAUCACGGGUGGUACAGGCUUUCUAGCCAAGACGCUUAUUGAGAAGCUAUUACGAUGCACCCCUGAUAUCGCCAAAAUUUUUGUAUUAAUUCGUUCUCGCAAAGGUGUGGCACCAGCUGAACGUCUACAGAACGAGAUCAUUCAAAGUCGCGUCUUUAAUCGUUUACGAGCUGAACGUCCAGAGGAUUUUGAAGCUUUUGCAGCCAAAAAAUUGCACGCCAUUGCUGGAGAUAUUGCGACACCGGAUUUGGGACUCAGUGCUGAAGAUGCACGAUUAUUGCGUGCUUGUGUGCAAAUUUCUAUCCAUUCGGCAGCUACGGUACAAUUUAAUGAGCCACUUGAAGUGGCGGUUGAGAUGAAUUGUCUUGGUGCAUUGCACGUUGCACGAUUUGUGCAGAGCUGUGCUAGGAUUCGGUGCCAUUUGCACGUGUCAACGGCUUACGUGAAUAGUAAUCUACGUGAGACGAGGAUUUUGGAGAAAUUAUAUCCGCUGGAUUUUGACGCACAUGAUGCAGUGAAAGCAGUUACGACGGCAUCGCCAAGUGAAUUGGAACGGCUCAGGGUGAACCUCAUGGGGACGUAUCCAAACACAUAUACACUCACCAAGUCAAUGACAGAGCACCUCUUGGUAAAAGAAAUCGUGCCCAACUUUCCACUAGUGAUUCAUCGCCCAACGAUUAUAGGUGCAAGCUGGAAGGAGCCUAUGCCUGGCUGGAUUGAUCAAAUUGCUGCUGCUGGAGCUAUCUUCUUGGCUGCUGGAAUGGGCGUGUUGACGAUGCUACCGGGCGACCCAAGAAAUGUUGCAGAUAUUGUUCCUGUAGAUUUGGUGGUGAACAGUAUGUUACUCUCAAUCUGCGCAAAGAUUCACGAACAUGAAAAGCUGCAGUCAUCACAAGAAAUGCCAUGUCCGUUGGUCAACGGUGUGACAGGGAAUACGCCUAUGGUUGUGCAUUGCGGCACGUCGGAUCCACGGCAAAAUCCGCUACGCUGGCGUGUGCCUGCCGUACUUGUGCCAGAAUACUUUCGAAAAAAUCCUCCAGCACGCGGCCUUUUUCCGGCCAAGUUUUCGAUGAUUCCAACUCACCAGAGCUUUCAAAUUCAAUGGUUUCUUACGUAUGCGCUACCGUCGUCCGUGUAUUCGACAAUUGCCAACAAGAGUGGCCAUCCAGGGCAUAUAAAGAGUGCGGCAAAGCUAUGGCAGCUAACGUGGCAUGCGCGGAACCUCGUGGAGUUGUUCAAGCCAUUCACGGAAAGCCAGUGGAUAUUUGAUGCAGAUGCUGCUGAGAAAACGCUCCGACCCUGGGCGACAAAAGACUUUUGGAUCGAUUCACACGAAAUUGCCUGGGAACGUUACGUCGUAAAUUACUGUGUAGGGCUGAAAAAGUAUAUGCUGCACGAGGAUGUCAUUGACGUGGAUAUUGAGGGAGUCAAUCAGACACAGCUUGCACUGAACACUGGACGUAUACUAGAAUGGGAUCCCGAUCACCACGCGAUCUCAUUUCCUGGACUGCUCUCCGAUGUGGCCUGGGCAUUCACAUCGAGUCGCAAGCCUGGAUACACCAAAUCUGGGCUGCUCGGUCGCGUAAUGGGGCUUACCGGUUGGGAGGAAGGUAUGAAUCACGAGGCAUCACACGUUCCUAGGCUCCAUGUCGAGUCCAUCGGUGGCCUCCGUAACAGCGUAUUGGAGUCGGAAAUCGUUCGCACUGCGAUAAAAGAGUGCGCUGUGGCACAAGGGAUGAAUAUAGACGACGUAGAACGUCGAGCUGCAAGCAUGCUUAGUACAAUGGCUGCACAAUUGGACUACAAGGCAGUGCGCAAGUUUGGCUGGUUGCUUCGAAAGGUGUGCCGCAACAUGUAUGACCAGAUCCACGUGGACGAGACGGGUCUCACCCGAAUUCGUGACCUUCUGGCCGACCGCCGUGGAAGUGUAGUGCUUGUGCCUACUCACCGAUCAUACGUUGACUUCUUGCUCAUGAGCUACGUGUUUUUUGCCUACAAUAUCCCUGUUCCUUACGUUGCUGCUGGAGAAGAUUUUCUGCACAUGGGCAGUCUCACUAAGUUACUGCGCGAAUCUGGAGCAUACUUUAUUCGCCGGUCUUUCUCUGAUGAUCCCUUGUACUCGGCAGUAUUCCGUGCCUACACGCAAUAUCUGAUAUCGAAGGGACAUACGAUUGAGUUCUUUAUUGAGGGUUCCCGUAGCCGCAGUGGCAAACAACUACAUCCGAAAUUUGGCAUCCUUAGUACUGUCGUUGAUUGCUACCUAUCGGAGAAAGUCAAGCGUCUUUACAUCGUUCCUGUAACUAUCGACUAUGAGAAGCCAUUGGAAGUCUUGCUGCACCAGAACGAGCUACUGGGCGAGGGCAAAAUUCGCGAGUCGAUCACAGCUCUGUUUAAAGCAAUGCCAGUAGUGCGCAAGAAAUUUGGCUCUAUCUCGGUGCAAUUUGGUAUGCCUUUGGACGUGAAGAAAUAUAUUGACGCAAAGCUUGCAAGCGCUGAGGAGCAAGAGACGUUUAUACCGACGUCUACUAUCGUCGAAGACUUGGGGUAUGCAAUUACGGACGCAUUGAUUGAGAAUGCGACGUGUGCGAUGUCACAUGUGGUAGCCACUAUCCUGUUGGUGUACCGUCACGGAAUAUCCAAGCAGGAACUCGUACGCCAGGCGGAUCAGUUGAGACUGGAAAUUUUGCGUCGGGGUGGUCGUGUGGUGGGCACCCAGGGCCGCUCACCUACUGCUGUUGUAGACCGCGCGCUCGAAUUACUUCACGAACUUGUUACAAUGCGACGUAAAGACCUUGUCGAGCCUGCUAUCACCAGCCGCGAGCAAUACCCCAACAUGAUCGGCCUAGGGUAUUACCGCAACAAGUUAAUGCACUGGUUCAACCUUGAAGGUGUGCUGGCUUGUGCGUAUCAUGCUUUAGAUGGGUUCAACUUGCCCUCUUGUGAUAGCAAUAGUGUGUCGAGCAGCGCGGAUGAAACAGGCGUGGACCGUCAGGAGCUGCUCAAUGGCGCAUCGUUCCUGCAUGAAAUGCUCGCGAUGGAGUUUGUUCGCAAGGACAAUCCCGAGGCUGACCGUGCUCACCUCGCGAGGGCGCUUGCACAGCUGGAGUCCCGCAAUGUGCUUGUUCCUGUGGCCACUUCCUCUUCGUCACCACCAUGCGUGGAAGGAGCUGACGGCGUGAUGCUGUCGUUGCUGAGCACUCUCGUGUCGCCUUUCAUUGACAGCUACUGGGUUGCUGUUACGAGUCUAUUCGCUUUACGCCCGCAAGGUGAAGUGACGACGGAGGACUUGCUCAAGCGCCUGCAAUGGCUCGCGGAGACGAUGUACCAUGAGAAACUCAUCAGCUUCUACGAGUCGUGCUCGCGCGAGACGUUGCAGAAUGCUUUGGCAUUGCUGGAACGCUGGCGUGUCCUUUCCAGUCGCCGCUAUUCCAGCAACGGCAAGGGCAAGCCCAACGUAAGCAAGCGAGUAGUCUCGCUGCUGAGCUUGACAUCGCAGUAUGCAAGGGAUGGCGAGCUGGAGCAACUUGCUCAGCGUGUGUCCAAGUUCCGCAAGCUGCCUCCUGGCGUGCACCCUGGCACAACCAGCGAGACUGAAGUGCUUGCACGCUUACCUGCUCUUUCUCGCAUGUAG